AUGGGGAAAAGUGACUUGUGGUAUUGUGUUGUGCGAAUGUGUUUCUGUGUUUUUGUUCUUUUAGCGUGUGGAUAUAGUAUAGUGCGACAGCAGAUACUUGAACAGCGACUGCAAGUGCUGGAGGAGCAGCAGUUGAUGUUGGAGCUCCGGCUACGGCCGUCAGGCCUAAAUGUGCAGGUUUCCAGGUCUCGGAGGGAUGCAACAGACUGCAACUGUCCAGCAGACCUGCCGCAGUUGUACCGAUACCCCGACACAUUGUGUAACGGCGACCACUUUACAAUAUCCGGCGAUAAACCCUCACCACCGAUCGAUACGUGA